GGUAACCAUACCCUACAUUAUUCACUGUUCACUGUAAAUCCGGCAGAGUGCGAGUCGGUAACCGAUAUCCGCUUAUCAUUCGGUUAGGUACGUGGAAAUUAAUUUCAGGUAACUACUUCAAGCCUGAGCGCGCUACUGCAUGGUCGAGACCAUAGUGUAAGAAAAUACAUGGUCGAGACGACUAAAUACGACCAAGCUGCCGCGGGCUCUGUCCGGUUUUAUUAUUUUUACACCGUGUUCAGCCUGGCAUUAAAUAAUCUUCAGUCACAAGCGUCGUGCCCAGCUAGCGUCGUCUCUACACCCUAUUUUCUUCAGUGUUCGUUACGUGGCGCGGAUUGCGCCAAUUGCAAGAUGGCCGUAUUUGAAAUAUACCCGUGCACGCGUGUAACCUGUCGUGAUUUUAAACAGUUCUUUUAGAACUUAUCGAUACGGCACAAACAGGUUCGUUUUAUGGUACUGAAGGUUUUUCCAAAAUAGCUUCCCAUGCACGUAAACAACGUACGCAAAACUCUUGCAAUAUGCAGACACCGAAGAUGAUUGCUUUUUAUCUUCCUGUAUUUGUCGCAUCGUGCACAGCGCAGGUGCAAAAUACGACGCCGGCCAGACCAAUCGGCGUGGGAGAAUCUACAGCCGGUGAUUCAGUUCAAACUGAUCCGAAUGAGCUACUUUUCAAAAGACUCUUUGCCCGGCGGCGUGAGGAACAUGUAGAAGCUGUUAGGGGAUUAAGGAAAAUGGAAAAUUAUGAAAGACAGUAUAAAAUGAUCAUGGUAUUAGCUGAAAAAGUUUUCUCCGUCAUGCAGACCAGCCGAGAUAUUUUAGAAAGUGCUGAAUUUGAGCCGGGUAACACCCCAUUUCCAGAGGAUGCAAAUCUGCGAGAUGCUUUAUCCAAUAUUCUGGAAAAUACAGCACUAUUUGGCGACAUAAUCCUUCACUUACCAGAGAUUAGCCAAAGGGUGUUAAACACACAGCCGCAAUGGGAUACGAUGAUGCAGUGGUCUUGGAACUUUGCUAAUCAAACCAGACACUUGCUCGAUAAGUCGACUAACACAAUGAUACAUUUGGUUGGUCAAGAGCUCAACAUAACAACUCGCGAGCCUGGGUAUUUUAAUCCAUAUUGGUCGAACGCUGCUGGAGAAUCCAUCCAUAAUGAGGAUACUAAUAACAAGCAAAAGAAGAGGUCGAAAAAAGAAAAACGAAAAAAAGGUCCUAGAAUGACGAAAAUGGAGUUGUAAAUUGAAAAAUUUAUAAACAAUGUCAUAUUCAGAAACGUCUUCGUGAGUUACUUCCUGUAAAUACCUAAUUUAUAAACUAUUGCAGAAAAUUUUAAUUCCAUGCAAAUAAAAUGUGAAUAUAAUGUGU